UCUGGAAGACUAGCUAGUUUGCAAAGGCAUCUAUUCACCCACAGCUGGGGGGACACCUUACCUAACAUAGCCAUGGACAACCAUUCAUACAACUUCCCCUCCGACUGCACCCCGCUCACCAACUGCAAGUCUGCCCGUAAGCCAGCUGGAUCCACCGUGGUGAACAUGGGCAACACUGGCAAGAAUCCUCCCCGGGACUAUCUAAUCUGGUCGCUGUGCAACACCUUGUAUGUUAACUUCUGCUGCCUGGGUUUCAUGGCUCUCAUCUACUCAAUCAAGGCCAGGGACCAGAAAACUCAGGGUAACCUGCAGCUGGCCCAGGAGUGCUCAGACAAGGCCAAGUGGUACAACAUCCUGGCAGCUGGCUGGAACCUUCUGAUUCCACUUCUGGCCAUUGUCCUCCUCGUCCUCUUGCUCGUCCACCUGGGCUCAUCCCAGGGCUCCUUCGACUUUCUCGGAGAGGACGGCUUCCAAAACUUCAUGAAACUGUUCAGCUGGUAGAUAGCAGUGGAGGGGGAAAAACAAAUAAAAGUUCAGUCUCAAAGUCAACCCAUUCACACUAACUGUCAGGAGAGGGCAUUUGAUUAGAUUUAGCAUAUGAGGGCUGACAUAAUAGCUCCUAAGAAUUUUAGCCAGGCUAAGCCAAGUGAUAAAGGGAUAAGUGCUCCUUUUUUGUAUUGUAGUCUCGGCCUGUUCUAGGCUUUCUAAAAUCUGCAAAGCAUUAAAAUAAUCCUAAUUGGUGAAAAGGAAAAGCAAACUUUGGGUUGUGUAUUACAAGAAUAUCCUCCUAGGGAUGCACCAAUACUAAUGCUAGUGUCAAAUAUUAGGCCAGUACUAUCUGAGAGUUACACAUAAAGAAUGAUCUGGUCUCGUCUGGCAUUAUCAAGAACAUUAGUAUCAGUGCAUCCCUAACUGUAAUGUCAGCAUUGGAGGGCGUUUAGCUUACACCUGCCAGUCUCCCAGAAAUGGUCCACUGAGAUGUGAAGUUAAAUAGAAAAUAAGGGAAUAAGUGGAAAUGAGAAAGACUAAGAGCUGAGUCAAGGCUGAGAGACUGAGCAAGCAGCUACUCUGGGUCAUAUUUGUUGUUAUUUAUUGUAUUUAUGUUGAGUGGAAAUUUGGGUGACAGCUGAAAUUACCGCUAGUCAGCAUAGAGAAAGAGCAGAGAGAACAGAAGACUGUGGAGCCAAAGUCUGAAUACCGUGAUGAUGAGAAGCCACUUUACAAGGGACAAUCAACAUUCACCUCCCACCUCCUUUAUUUUUUUUUUGUCUUUCAUCAGUUUUUAAAACUGUAUACCUGUUACAACAUACAUCUAUUUUUUGUCAUUAUUCGUGUAUUUUUAAUAGUAUUUUGUUGAUUUAUGUAUUUUGAUUUUACAUCAUAUUGCCAGUCUCUUGUGAGUGAGCUAAAUAAACCAGAUACUGUUACCUCAGUAUUGCAUUAAAAAAAGAAACUGG